AUGUACGAGGUGGUGUUCUGGAAGAGAAGGGGAGGUGACGAGGCGAAUGACAAUGAUACUGAUAAAAUAACAAGGUAUGAAGACACGAACGAACGAAAGGAAUUUCAAGUCAAAUCUCGGUUUAAUGGAACCAGAUUCGAUACUAAAAAAAAACCUAAGAAAAAAUUGACAAAGUGA